AUGUGCACCAUCUGGUUCCACAUCACCUACUGUGAGACUUGCAACGGGUACAUCGACUCUCAUCUCGUUGGCACCGUCUUUUGCGGCCGCCGUGACCAGGACUUGCCGUGCGAGGUGGAAAAGGCAAUCGGGGAGACGGCGGUGCCUGGACCGGCCAUGAAGAGUCCCGAGGGCGAGACGGAUGCUGAGGGCGCUGAGGGCGCAGACGCCGACGACAAGGACGGCGACAUUUCAAAGGGAAAGUCAGACGCAGGUAUACCGUUCGCAGCCUAG